GCUUUUCACCAUUAUGAUGUUAGCUGUAGGCUUGUGAUCUAUGGCCUUUAUUAUGCUGAAGUACAUUCCAACUAUUCCCGCUUCUUGAGCGAGUUUAUCACCAAUGGAUGCUGAGUUUUGUCAGAUGCUUUUUCAGCAUCUGUUGAGAUGACCAGAUGGCUUUUACCCAUCUUCCUUUUGUUCAUGUGCUGGAUCACACUGAUGGAUUGAUUUGCGGAUGUUGAACCAUCUUUGCAUCCCUGUACUUGGCACCUUCUGUGUUCCUUGUUUUAACCAAACAGAUGUCAGCUCUGUGCACUCGUUUGGUCAGGCCAGACACGGAGUCAUCCCUGAUGCUUUCCUCCAUACUCUCCCUUCAGCAUCUUUCUCAAAUCCGUUCCUUUCUCUUUGUCCUUCUGCACAUUGCCUAGGUUUAGGCACUCCUUUCCUAUCAUGAUUGGCAGAGGUCUCUCCUAAACUGAUCUCCUUCCUUCCAGACUUUCCUGCCAAGGCUGGCUGCAGAAAGACCUGAAGCCAGAUCGAUGUGGCCCCCCUGCUGAAGCCCUUCCUUGGCUCUCCAUUGUGCUGAGCCCCUGCUUCCCCUCCGGCCCAUCUGCCAUGGCACUCUGUACUUGGUGUCCCCGCUGCAGUUGCUGCUCCCUAUGCCACAUGUCCCUGCACUGACAUACCGCCUGCUCUGUCCUGUGGCCAUUCUGGGAAGCCUCCUUUGCUCCCUCCCUUCCCCCAUCUCCCAGAUGUUCCCCCUCCACCUCUAGCUUGUUGCUUGGAGACCAGGGUGGUAGAGUAGAAAAUGGCUAUGUUUGGAUUUGAAUUCCAGCUCUGCCACUUGAGAGUUGUCCACACCGAGAUGCUAUUUCCUAGGCCUGUUCUGCAUGGGUCAGGGGGAGUGACCAGACGCCUUUGUAGAGACUAGUGAAUUAACUUUCACCUCAGCUCAUAGGGUUACAACCUCUGCACCCACUAGGAAUCUGCUCAGCGAUCUCCUCCCCUGCACCAUGAAAAGUAACCCUUCCCAGAGGUUAUGCUUUAACAGUGCUGGCUGACAUUGGGUGCCAAAUUAGUGCCAGAUAUCUUUUAAGUAUUUGGCCGGUGUUAGCUCAUCCAAUCCUCCCUGAGGUGGGGAUGAAGUCACUUGCUUACAUUCCUGCUGCUGGUGAUGGGUGCAGGUGGGACCCUCAGCCCUCAGGUGGGCCUGAGAACCCGUUCUCCCAGCUGCUGCCUCUCUCUGAUCCCUGCUUAUUUUUUCAUAGCAGUUAUAAACACCUGUUGCAGGAAUGAAUAAAGUGAGGUGACAUGUAAAAUGUCCGGCCUGGCAUGAAGGCAGAAAAUGUUGAACGAAUGGUUCUUACUCCCUGGUAGCCUCAAGGAGCUAAGGGCCCUCAAAGGGAAGCGUUUUCUUCUGGAUCCCUUGUUGCCAGAGCUGCUUGUGUUUCCUGUCCAGACAGAUCUACACGAACAUCCACUGUACCAAGCCGGUCACCUCAUUCUGCAAGACAAGGCCAGCUGUCUGCCCACCAUGCUACUGGCUCCACCCCCGGGCGCCCAUGUCAUCGAUGCAUGUGCUGCCCCUGGCAAUAAAGCCAGUCACUUGGCUGCUCUUCUGAAGAACCAGGGGAAGAUCUUUGUCUUUGGCCUGGAUGCGAAGCGGGUGGCAUCUAUGGCUACUCUGCUGGCCCGGGCUGGAGUCUCUUGCUGUGAGCUAGCUGAGAAGGACUUCUUGGCAGUUUCACCCUCAGACCAGCGCUAUUGUCAGGUCCAGUACAUCCUGCUGGAUCCUUCCUGCAGUGGCUCUGGUAGGCUGAGCAGACAGCUGGAGGAGCCCGGGGCAGGCACCCCCAGCCAGGAACGCUUGUGUGCCCUGGCAGGGUUCCAGCAGCAAGCUCUGUGCCACGCUCUGAGUGCAAGGAGCCUUGUCUACUCCACAUGUUCCCUUUGCCAAGAGGAGAAUUAAGAUGUGGUACAAGAGGCCUUGCAGCAGAGCCCGGGAACCUUCAGGCUGGCUCCUGCUCUCCCCUCCUGGCCCCAUCGAUGCCUUAGCACUUUCCCCGGUGCCGAGCACUGCCUGUGGGCCUCUCCUGAGACCACGCUCACUGGUGGCUUCUUCGUUGCUGUUCUUGAACGGGUAGACAUGCUGAGCUCAGUCUCAGAGUCUGAGGCACUGGCUCCAGAACUUCCACCCAGUCCAGCCCCAAAGAGAAAGAAGAGGUGGCAAAAAGCAGCGGCCGCUCCGAGCACACCACCCUGCACAUAGCAGGUGCUCAGAGCCAAGUCUUUGUGGGGAGGGAUGAGGCCACUUCUCCCCUCAGUUUAACCCUGGGUCCUUGGUCCCAGGCAGCACUUUUGUUUUGAAAGGGUAUGUCCUUUUUAUUGGUACAGGAAGGAACUGGUAACCCUGUUUCUCAAGCUGGAGAGACAUGGAUUUCUUUGUCUGUUGGGUCCCUUCCCUGGGUCAUAUUCAUGCUGCUGAGAGAAUUCAGCUACCCGCAGAAAUAAAAAGACAUGGUCCACAA